AAAUGGCGUUGGGAGGUGGUCCACAAAGAGGAACUGCCGCAGCUGCAGCUGCCAACAUGCGUCGCAGGAGGACUGGAGGAGGUGCGAGUGGUGCUGCUGGAGGAGGAGGUGCCAGUGGUACUAUGCUCCAAUUUUACACUGAUGAUGCUCCUGGAUUGAAGAUUUCUCCCAAUGUUGUGCUUGUCAUGAGCAUUGGCUUCAUAGCAUUUGUUGCUAUUCUUCAUGUCAUGGGUAAAUUGUACUUCCGUAGAGAAGCCUAGAAAAUACUCAGCUUUUUUAACAACAAACGCCCUUCUCCUCCCCUCUCUGCUUUUUGUUUUUGCUUCUAUUCAAUCUUAUCUGAUGUUAUUAUAGAGUGACUACUUUUCAUCUUCCAACAGCUACAUUUGUUUUGGGACUCAAAAUCAUGUUACCUUAGUGUUGCUAUUCUGUCAUGAAUUUUUAGACAUUCAUCCUCUGUUGGUUGGUUGGUUGGUUCAUGGGAUACAAGUACGUAGUGUUGAGGGUAUUGAACCACUGCUAAAUGGGAUGUGCUACAUUUGUUUUGGGACUCAAAAUCAUGUUACCUCAUGUUCUGUAACGAAUUUCUGUCAUGAAUUUUUGGACAUUCAUCCUC